AUGACGAAUCAGUUGGAGAACUUGGUGGAGUCGAUCAAGUCGAAGGUCCGAUCCCUGAAGAAGAAGACGACUCCGAAUUCCAAGAAGAAGCCGUACGUGAAGAUGGACAAGAGCGCCAGCGUCAAGGUCGAGAUUCGCAGCCGAAAGGCUCGAAAGCUCAUCGACAAGACCCUCCAGGUCGCCGAUCGCCCCGGCAAGCGCACCAUUUCCUGAUCACCGUUUCAUCUCCUCUCUCUCUCUCUCUCUCUCUCUCUCUAGAUCGAUAUGUCUAGAUGUGUGGAUAAAGACGGCCGAUUCUGCGUUUUCAGCGGUGAAUAUACCGAUCUUUGUAAGAUGUGUAUCGACGUCUGUGGUGUUUUGGAACCGUUUCGGUCUUUGGAUUUCGAAAUUAACUUAGUAUUUUUGAAAUAAUUUGUGCUCUGUUAAUAAUUGUUAAUUGCUAUAUGUGAGCGUCAAAUUGGAUA